CUUGAUUUCAGGGUCCUGGUCUUGGCAGGUUUCUGGGGUCGACAGCCUCGGACGGCCUACUCAACCUCUCUCCCAUCCCGUCAUUGGGUGGUUUUACAUAGCCAGCAUCGUCAUCCAUAGCAUCUAUGUCAUGGGGUGUGUGACGUCGGCAACAACCACGAUGAACGGACUAUAUAAGCUUCGGUUUCCAUAACUACGGAAAUUGUCGAGGGAAACAAUACGAACCCAUACACAUCUCACCCUUGACAUAUCAAACCCGAAACUUCAAAAUCAGAGAUCAAAGAUAACAAUAACCCACGAGACAUAAGCCAUGACACGUCACACGUACGCCACUACAACCACCACCACUGUCCCCCGUCGGCGCGGACUCUUCAGCCGCCGUGCUGCAGCGCCUCGCCGAGCUCCUGCCCCUCGCCGCCGCGGCUUCUUCAGCGGCCGCCGCGGUGCUGUUCCGGUGACGGUCCCACAUCAUCAGAAGCGUCGGACCUCCAUCGGAGACAAGAUCAGUGGCGCCCUGCUCAGGCUCAAGGGCACCUUGACUGGUCGGCCAGGGCAAAAGGCGGCCGGUACCCGUCGAAUGCAUGGGACUGACGGGCGCGGAGCCCGCCGGCGUCAUUUCAUCUAAGGCCACGACCAAGUUGGAUUUUUAGGGUGGGAGACGCGGAGACGGAAUUGUACAACACCAUAUAAGAUACCCAAGCACGAUAGGAUAGAGCUGUCAGAUCGCGUAAGGCGAAAAGGGGGGUCCAGUCAAUUAGUUGCAUUUGCGAUACCAUUCGGAUUUCAGAAAACAAGC